AUGAUUAGUAAUAACUUUCCCAACUGGGAUCACUAUACAAGUCCGAUUGUAGAGGGUCGCAUCCUUCUUCUUUGGCAAAGAAAGUUUGUUCAGAUUGAAGUGAUAGAUGAAGAUGAUCAGUUGCUCCAUAGUAAAGUUAAAAUUCAUGGUCUUGAUACGGGGUUUAUUUUCACAGCAAUCUAUGGCAAGAAUUCCAUUAGUGAGAGGAAGCUUUUAUGGGAUAAGUUGGCUGGUUUUGGGAUGAACUUGGAAAUAAGGAAGGUGGGCAUAAAACCUUUUAGGUUUUUUAACCAUUGGUUGGAUCAUAGUCGGUUCAAAGAGGAGGUGCUUCUUAAUUGGAACAAGCCGGUUAAAGGAGAGGGUCUUUCAAGAAUAAUGGGCAAGCUUAAUCGUCUGAAGCACUGCCUGAAAAGAUUUAACAAUGCUGAGAUUGAACUUUUCAAGCCGCCGAAAAUACAAAGAAAGGAGUUCUAUGUUCUUGCCAAUAAACGGACACGAGCUACAUUCAAGCAGAUUAGCAAGAUUUCUUGGCUUCGCUUUGGUGAUGAAAACUCUAGCUUUUUCCAUGCUAGUGUUAAGAAAAGGAAAGAGCAAAAUCGAAUUACCACCUAUGUCUCUAAUGCUUGUGAAACCGUUUACAAAGAAGGAUGUCAAAGAAGCAAUGUUCAAGAUAAACAAGAUCAAAAGUCCAGUCCCGAUGGUUAUGGAGCAGGUUUUUUCAAGGAUCUCCGGAAUGAGAUUGGGGAAGAAAUUUCAGUGUUGGCUAUCCUUUCUUUUUUUGACAAAGGUAUCAUUCCUGCUGAUUUAAAUAAAACUACCAUAUCUUUGGUCCCUAAAGUAGAUUCUCCGGCCUCUGCUAUAGACUAUAGACCAAUUGCUUGUUGCAACACUUUAUACAAGUGUAUUUCUAAAAUGAUUUGCUCUAGAUUAAGUGAGGUGUUACCAGAUCUAAUUCAUAGCAACCAAGGUGCCUUCGUGAGGAAAAGGAGUCUUGCCCACAAUGUUCUAAUUUUUCAAGACUUACUUAAAGGCUAUACAAGGAAACACAUCUCGGCUAGGUGUCUAAUGAAGGUGGAUCUAAGCAAAGCCUAUGAUACCGUUGAUUGGGAGUUCAUUAUGGAUCUACUUAAAGGCCUUUGCUUCCCUACAAAAUUCAUUAAGUGGAUUAUGGUUUGUCUAUGUGGCACCUCUUACACUUUAAUGCUGAAUGGGAGACUUCAUGGGACUUUCCAAGGAAAAAAAGGGCUUAGACAAGGGGAUCCCAUCUCCCCUCUGCUCUUUGUUCUUGUGAUGGAGUACCUCACUCGUCUGCUUAUCCAUGCCUCAAACUCCAAGGGGUUUGGAUACCACCCAAUGUGCAAAUCUUUGAAACUGACGAACUUGUGUUUUGCAGAUGACCUGGUAAUUUUUUGCAAGGGUAAUGCCUCUUCCUUGAACAUCACUCAACAUGCUUUUACUGAGUUUUGUAAUGCCACUGGCUUAACAGCCAAUGCUACUAAAUCCUCCAUUUAUUUUGGAGGUGUUUCUGAUGAUACAAAAAAGCUCUUGAAAGGAAUAGCAAAGAUGGAAGAGGGCUCUUUUCCCUUGAAAUAUUUAGGGGUCAAUCUUCGACCAACUAAAUGGAAAGCCUCGGACUGUGGGGGAAUCAUAAACAAGAUUCAAAAGAAUCUUCACUGUUGGAGCAGUCGACAUCUUUCCUUUGCAGGUAAAGCUCAACUCAUUAACUCUAUCUUACUGGGGAUUCGAAGCUAUUGGAUGAGCAUUUUUAUUCUGCCUCAAAAAGUUACGAAGGAGAUUGACAAACUGUGUAGGAACUUCUUAUGGGGUAGCUCUUUGAAUCAGAGAAAGCUUCAUUUCUCUUCUUGGGAGAAAAUUUGCUUACCUAAAAACCAUGGGGGUAUUGGUGUCAGAGAGAGUCAGAAGUGGAAUGUAGCAAUGAUGGCUAGAUACAUAUGGGCGUUGUCCACAAAGCAAGAUAGUCUUUGGAUUCGUUGGGUGGAUGCUGUCUAUAUGAAAGGAGAAGAGUACUUUUGGUCGUUUACCCCUUGUCAAGAUAUGAGUUGGUACUUCAGAAAACUUGUUAAUCUUAGGGAUAAGAUUGAUAAACAGGCUGUUUAUGAUGCUGGUAUCUCUGGGAAAUUCAGAAUUGGUAAAUUCUACAACUCCUUAAUCUCGGCUCCUCAAGUCCUCUACCACAAGGAUGUUUGGCACAAGCUUAAAAUGCCAAAACACCGAUUUAUUUUAUGGCAAGCUAUCAAUGGGAACCUCCAGACACGUGACAGGCUAGUAAAGGGACAGGUUUGCUCAGUAACAUUACUUCAAAUUUGUGGUGGCGGAGUAGAAAUUGUACCAUGUUUGGUGCACCGAAAUAGUGUGUCUUUGAAGAAGCUUGUGGUUCACCAAGGCCAUUAG